AUGGGCAACAUGGAAGACGAUCCAAUUUUCGGUUCUCACAUGAGGCACAUGCGUCAAAUGAACAACAUGAUGAAUUCCCUGUUUUCUGAUCCCUUUGGCAUGAUGGGGGGGCCCAUGAUGGGGUUCGGAGACUUCGAAAAUCGUGCACUCACACACCGUCACCACAACUCUCUCAUGUCGCCUUUUUCAAUGCCAGUUAUGCCCAACUUCAACCGACUUCUGAGCGGUUCUCUGGAUUCUAUGCCCAAUGCUGGAAACUACAGCAGCUCUAGCACUGUAAUCAGCAUGACUUCAGGUCCAGAUGGUCGUCCCCAGGUGUACAAAGCUACUUCGAGUACUAGAGUGGCUCCUGGGGGCAUCAAAGAGACCCAAAAAACAGUGACAGACUCUGUUACAGGCACAAAAAAGAUGUCUAUUGGGCAUCAUAUUGGAGAGAGGGCUCAUAUCAUUGAGAAAGAACAGAAUAUGAUAACUGGGGAUAGAGAGGAAAGGGAGGAUUUGAUUAAUAUAGAUGAGGAUGAGAAGGAGUGUUUCAACAAUGAGUGGGAGACCAAGACCUAUUCUAGGUCUGAGAUUCCAAGGAUUACUGGUAGCUCUUCUAGAAACAGACACUCUUAUGUUCCUGCUAUUACUGCUGGACCCAGUGCUGCUGGUAGACACCCCUACAGUUCACCCAACCAACAACAUCCGCCAAAGAAGUCGAAGGCGCUCAAGACAUUUUCUAGCUCUCCAUCUCCACCACCGACUGACGAUUAAUUCGUCAAUUUUCAUUCAUCUCAUCAAAUGUAUUUUUAAGCAGUAGUUUCCAUUAUCAAAAACAACAAGAGAUUACGGAUGUGUUCUUGUUUUUCGAUUUCAUAACACUGUGCCAAUAAAAUACCGCCAAAAGCCGUGGAUAAUAAUUGUUUGAUUUUAUAAUUAUUAUUGUUUAAAAUUGAUUCAGUUUGAGAUGCUCGGAAGUCACUUGUUUGUUUUACAAAGUAAUGAAAUUAGCAGAGGAAAUGAGGUGAGUAGGAAGCAAUCAAACAAUUUUCUUUCAAGAGGUGAUAACUAUGUAGGUUUUUUGUCUGUUUUGACUCCAGAAUUCAGGGUCUUGCUGAUUUUGAUCAUAGGUACAGUACUGCUAGAGUGACGACAAUAUUCCUAAAAGUCGCUGCCAUUCCCAGAAUGUCAUUCGUGGUCAAGUCACUGAAUAGCUUAAAAUCUGAAGGGUAUCUCCCAUGCAGUAAUGAAUUUGCGCCUUCGAAGUGCCCACCACCAAGGUUUACAUAUUUGAUUGAUUUUCAUUUCAUUAUCCAAAUAAUCUGAGACUUACGAGUUCCAAAAGACGGAUUCUAAUAGUUGAUAUCCAAGGUACUGACGUAUAGAGUUCCAUGUCUGAUUUUUGAUGUUUUACGUCCAAAGAGCAAAAAACAGAGACAACGCAUUAACAAAGUGAAAUUGAACGCGUAGAACUGAAUGGAGAAAACAAGUGGAUGCACCUCCAUAUUGAAGGUCUGGCCAAUCAAAACGUUUACCACUAUUGUCGUCACUCUAUUUCUAAAGUCCCUCUACUAUUACCUAAACGGUACUGGAUAGAAAGUUGAUCAAAUAAGAAAAAAGUUGCGUAAAUUAGACUUGAUAUGCCGUAGUGCAAACUGAAAAAUGUUCAGUUGUUCCAGAAAUAUUUCGAAAAAAACCUGGGGAAGAAAUUUGACAUUCAUCAUGAACAAGAAGUUGGGAUUGUCAAAGAAUUUCUAUCCUCAUUAUUUACAGAAAUUGCUGACGUUACGCUAUACUAUACUCAAUUUUUCGCCAAAGCCAAAAUCGGUCUGAUAGGUCUAAAAGAAUUUGCUAUUGCAGUGCCUACAGUAAAAGUGAAACAUGCUCAGUCAAAAUCCUUGUAUGGGGAAGAAAUCGUGUAUACCGUUGUCAUUGAUGUUUUUGAUCAUGGAAACAUUUUUUUUUGUUACCUUCUUGUCAAUAGUGUUUGCCUAUUUGUGAAUUUUCUCAUCAGUUCACGUAUUCAUGUAGAAAUUACUUUCAGUUGAAAACGUUAACCUUUCACAGUUAACAUAAAAAUUUGCGUUGCCCGACAAUAAGUUGAUGCAUUUCACGGCAAUUCUUCAUAGUCAGACAAUGUUAAUUAACAUAUUAACUCUAUCUGAAUCUUUAGAAAUUCUAACGACA